AAACGCAUUUUUUCUUUCUCUCCAUUCUCAUUUUCAUAUUCUUCCAUCCUUACAUUACAUUACAUUUCCCCUCCCUCGCUCAUCGCUCAGGAGGGGGGGAACAAACAAACACCGCACACAUGAUUCGUUUCUUUUUCUUCCUUUCUCUCUUCUUCUUCUUCUCGUUUUCCCUCGCCCACGAGGAUUGCUCGGAGGCGGCGGAGGAGGUGCGGCUUGGGUGCGGCGCGUGGCGCGUGGCGGGGGAGGCGAACAACCUGGGCGCGUGGAAGAGCGCGGAGUACGUGAAGGAGUACAUGAGGGGGAAGGGGUACGUGGCGGAUCUGGAAAUGGUCUCUAAGGAGGCUGGGGAGUUCGCCAAGAGUGUGGAGCUGGCUGCAGACGGAAAGGACGCCUGGAUUUUCGACGUCGAUGAGACGCUCCUCUCCAAUCUCCCCUAUUAUGCAGCGCACGGAUACGGGUUAGAAGUUUUUGAUCACGAGAAGUUUAAUGAUUGGGUGGAACAGGGUUUAGCCCCGGCCAUUGAACCCAGUUUAAAGCUCUAUGAAGAUGUUUUGAAUUUGGGAUUCAAGGUUAUACUACUGACUGGGCGGAGUGAAAGGCACAGGAGUGUUACUGUGGAUAAUUUGAUCAAUGCUGGGUUUAAGGAUUGGCACCAGCUCAUAUUAAGAACCCCAGAUGAUCAAGGGAAACGGGCUAUACUCUACAAAUCAGAGAAGAGGAGUGACAUGGAGAAAGAUGGAUACAGAAUUCUUGGAAAUUCAGGUGACCAGUGGAGCGAUUUAUUAGGUUCUUCAGUAUCCGUUCGGUCCUUCAAGCUUCCAAAUCCCAUGUAUUACAUUCCUUAGCAAUGUCUCAUUUAUUUGCAAAUUGCUGUCUGAAUUGUAUAUAAUGAAAGUGUCUCAAUUCAUAUACUGAUUAUUCAUUGCAAAUAAUUCACACACUGUCUUUGAAGUUCUGAUAUGUGCUGAUUCAAUUAAACUUGUGUUAAAACUCAUAACAUCUCUGAGUUGUAAACAUUGUGCGUAGUUUUCUUCUCAAUACUAAUACACAUAAGCACAUACGACUGAAUUAUAAGCUA